UAUCUCUAUAUAUUACUCUUUUUCUCUUUCUCUUUCUUUCUUUCAUUCAGUCUUUCUCUUACUUUUCUAGUAACAGCUGUUGGAGCUAGCAGCUAAAACUAGUUUACUAGUAUCUCAUGUUUUACAAAUAAUAAUAAUAAUAAAUAUUUAUUUAUUUAAUUAUUUUAAAAUGUGUGAUGGUUACAAUAAUAAUAAUGAAGGUCAUAUGUUGAGUUUAUUGAUAAUACUUUUAAAUGAUGAUGUGGACUGUGAUUCUGAAACCGUCGCGAUCGAGAGCACAACUCUAGUAAAAAAUGAUAAAAAUGAUAAAAAUUAUAAAAAUGAUAAAAAUGACCCAUUAAAUAAGAGUAAUAAAAAAAUUUUACAAAUUAAAAGCAUACCCGGAUAUCCUGGAUCACGAAGUGAUGUUUAUGAAAUACUUAUGGAGCCUUAUUAUUUUUACAUUGGAAAGAAAGGGCUCGCUGAAAUAAAAAGUUAUGAUGAUGAAGAAAUUUUAGUAAAUGGACCAAAAGGUAAACUUAUGUUUCAACAAUUGCCAGAAGGUUUGAGAAUUAACGGAACUAUCAGUGGAUUGCCUUUUGGAGUAUACAAGUUACAUAUUAAUGAAAGGGGACUUGUUUCAAAGGGAUGUAAAUCAAGUGGAGGAAACUACAAUCCAUAUAAGGUUGAUGAUUUAACACUGGAUCCAUUGAAAGACAUUGGUGACUUGGAUGAAUUUCAGGCACAAGAUAAAAUAACUCAAAUAAAUGUAUUGAGCAAAUACUUGACGUUGACUGGAGCUAAUGGAGUAAUUGGACGUACAGUUGUUGUACAAAAUUCACAAGAUUCUUAUCAAAGUUUUCCAGUUUGUGGAAUUAUUGGAGUCGCUUAAUAUUUAUUAAUUAGAGAUAAUCUUUUUUUAUAUAUUUUUACUGACAUUUUGUCAAUAGUAUAUUGUAUAAAUUCAUUAUUCUUAUUUAAUCUUUAAGUUAUCAUUUGAAAUUAGUUUUAUCAUUAAUCAAUACAUUAACGACUGUUAAUAUCAA